UCCGUGGCGACUGUUUCAAGUUCCCCGCGAUUGGCCAUACGUUUAUGGAGGAGUGGAGUGACUUGAAACUGCAAGGAAUUGUCGAACAGGGAAAAUGCAGGUAAAAUUUGCAGUCGUCUAUCCGGCGCCAAUUUAAUUAGCCCACAUAAUCACCAGAAGCCAAUUAGAGCCAUCGACUAACAAACUGGGCUUCUGACCUGCGAGGGGCCAACUGGAAAAUCUCGUUGACAGCAAGAGUGACAUGGUGAGAGCCUCUGCAGUGAGAUGGACACAAUGAUAUACUGGUGUGCAGUGCUGGUGGCUGGCUGGCUGCUACAGGGUUGCCACGGCCAGGGGACGCCACUCUCUGACCUGUGUACAUUCAUCAAUGUCACUGUCCCCACUGCUACAGACCUAGGAGGAAAUAGAGCCCUGCUGGUGUCAGCCUCAUCCAUCAGUGCUGCAGGACAACUUGUUGGUGUGCCACAAGCUAACGGGAUACAGUAUGAUAUACACUUCAAUUCUCAGAAUGAUACAAUCUCUGUGCCCAAUAUUACUGUCCGACACACACUUGAAAUCAGGGGACCGAGGCUGGUGUUUAUCAGGACGGAGUUGGCCCAUCAUGACACCUCACCCUGGACAGAUCUGUUUGAUGUGACUCUGUUGGAGAAGGUUGGGCCAGGGAUGCAGGCCAUACUAGGCAAUGGUUUUGUCCCAGGGGUUUUUCACCCAAACAUCACUCACGUUGCUCGCAACUCUAUCACCUGGAAGCACGCCCGUGUCCCAGCCAACAGCAGCCUGCUCCUUGAGUACUUUGCGGAGCCAACAGGAGAUCACGGUGAAUUGCUCCCAAAAAGUUUCAGCUUCUAUCCCAGUACUGUCACAUUCUCUGAUACCAGCAACUUAGUGAGGGUUAUUGAGACAAAGGCAUGCAUACUGAGGGUUGAUCAAAUGGAUGAAAAUCUCCUGUACCAGCAUGGUCUCACAGGCCUGGGCUUUGUCCUGGGGCUCAUUAUUGGGCUCCUCCUGAUCAUCCUCAUUGUCUUCAUACUGCUCAAGUUCUGCAGGAACAAAGGUUGUCUGGCAGCUGUUGCACCAGGGCCUGCCAGUGACAAGAAGAAACUCAAAGAGAAAGGGCGAAAAAUUGUGAUGGAUGCCAAGGCUGCUAUGAAGAAAGGAUUAAAUGCAAUAAAGGAUUUUAGCAUGCUGGCAGUGGAUGAGAGCAUCAUACUGAUCCUGUCCCUCAAGGAGAAGCUGCAGAUGUACAGAGAGAUAGACAACCUUGACAUCUUGUCCACCAUCUACGUGGACACUGACAUUGAGAAGGAGCAGAAUGAUGCAGCUAUUCAGACAUCACAACUGUUGAUCCAGAGUCUCAGACACAACGGCGAUAUCAGUCCACAGACAGAAAACAAGGUGGUCACUGACUUCAAAGCUCGUCUGCAAGAACUGGAUCGGCAUUUGGAGGCUGAAUUUAAGAAGGCAAUGGAGGAGGUGUACAAGGACCUCAGUGCUAAAAACAAGGAGAGGUUCAGCAAAAUGAUGGCACGACACAAGCAGGAGAAAGCAGAUGCUAUGAAUAUGACCAGGGACUCCACUGAUGAGGAGAAGGAGGUUUUGCUGUCUCUGCUGGACCAGCAGCACCAGACGGAGGAGAAUGAGCUCACCUACAUCCUGGCACUCGAGCAGAACGAGGAGGGAGAAAAACUCAGAAAGGAAUUUGCUAUUCGGAAACGGAUGGGUAUCAAAGAAGAACAGCAGUACUUUCUGAACAACACAUGUGCCAUGGGUCAGUUGGAUCUACAACAAGCAGACUGGCUGCUGAAGGAGCAUGCAAAACAACAAGAGAGACUCCAUCGCAUGUACGAUGAGGAGAUCUCACGCCAGAGGAUGCUACUGGAGGAGAAACUAGCACGUCGAAGGGCACUGGCACAUGCAAGUGAGGGCCAGGAGGAUGACCAUGUGGAAAUGCUGAACACCAUGGUGGGACACCAGGUCACAGCCAUACAGAGGAUGGGCAAGAGAGAGGUCCUGAGUGAGGCUCAGGUAGAUGAGUACCUCAAGAAUGUGAAAGAGGAGAUGCUGGCUGUUAAGGAAAAGAUGGAGAAGGAAAAGGGGAGACAGGAAGAGGAGCUACACAAAAAGCUGAGUCAACGCAAACAGCAGAGACUGAUGGAGAAGAAGAAGCACCAAGAACAAGAAUUUCAGGAUUUCGCCAGCAAGAGUACAGCACAGCAAACAGAUGGCAGCAUUGAUCCAAUAGCAUUUGCUGAAGGUUUGCUGAAACUCAGAUCACAUCAUCGUACAGAGUUAAGUGACCUUGAGAAUGAUAUUGACAGUGAACAUUUUCAUGAGUUGGAGGAGUCAAGGAACCAAAUAGCAUUCUCUGCCCGGGCUGAACUGAAGGAGAUGGAGAAGAAGCUUCUUGCUGACCUGCAAGGAGAGGGAAUGAGUGAAAAUCAGAUGAAUAAGUUCCUGAAGGAUCAUGACCGAGAACUGAAUGAUCUGCUGCGGCGGCAGGAGGGGGAGAGGGAGAAGCAGAAGGAGAGGUUGCGGGAGACGCUGUUGCGGAGGCAGCAGGAGUGGGAGCAGCGCAGGGCACAGGAGAAGCAGGAGCAGGAGGAGCUGAGGGAGCACGAGGCCAAGGUCGUCAACAAGUUGAUUAACAGCCAGAUGUCAAUUUCUGAAGCUGAAAAAGAUCGCAUCUUGAAGGAACAUGAAAAACAGAUGGUGCAAUUAGAAAAUAGCUUAACACUGAACAAGCUUCGUCAGAAGAGAAUGUUGGAGGACAAACUGGCACAGAGGAGGGCCCAGCAACUGGAGAAAUUACAGCAACGACAAGACACUGAAAUCAAGAAGCAACGAAGAGCUGCUGAGAACAAUCGGGAAGAAUCUGAUGCUGAAACACAUCGACAGGAGGCUGCUUUGAUGAAGAAAUAUGCAGAAAGACGGAUUGCAGUGCUGCAAGGUCAUGAGCUGAAUCUAGAGGAAGAAUUGUCACAGAUUCGACAAGAGAUGACAAAGGAGCGAGCAUAUGCCUUGAAGAACCAGGAGGAAAGACUUGGAGCUAUGAUUGCUGCCCUGCAGAUGCAGAAAGCCAGAGAGAUGGCCCAGAUUGAAGAGCAGCAGAGGGCCAUCAAUAACCUGAAGGUGAACCUGAUGGAUGAACUGACUGAUCGUGGUGUUCUCAGCUCACCAGAGUGUGAGCGCAUCAUAGAGACACACAAGGAGAGACAAGAGCAGUUGAACAAGAAGCUUGAUUCACAGAGGAAGAAGCAAGAAAGAGCCAUGCAGGAGAAGCUGCAGGAGCGUCUGAUGCAGAGGGAGCAGUCACUGCUGCAGAAACAGGAGCUGGAGAUGGUGGAGGUCAUGCAGGCUUCCGGAUCUAAGACUGCUUCAAAGAUCCGUCGAGCACUCCUGAUGCAUCAACAGAUGCUGCAACUUGAACAGUUCAGAAACCAGAUGGAAAGAGAGACUACUCAGGUCCUGGAAGAUAUCCGGCGUCAGUUUGAAGUGAACAAACAGAAAGCUAUGCAAGAACAGGAGCUGCAGUUUAUAGCAGGGCUGGUGAAGGUGGGCAGAGUGCAGCAGGAGGAGCUGGUGCCGGUGCUGCAGAUGCUGCACCCAGGGAAAUCACAGACGCAGCUGCAGGGAAUGCUGGACAAGAUUGCAGACAAGGACUCACAAGCACAACCAGGAGUACAGACAGACAACGCUCUGGUGGAGCGUGUUCGAGCAUCUCAGCUGGCAUCCGGGCUGUCUAGCAGACAGAGCUCCCUCCGCAGCAACCGUGGAAGUCCUAAGAAACGUCUUGGAGGAACAAAGAAGCGAUCCUCCCAACUGAGCCUUGUGUCCUCACUGAACGAAGAGAGCCUGCUGAAUGAUGGCACCAAGAAGAAGUCCAGGUUGAAGCGAGGUUCACUGGGAGCACAGGGAGUGAAUGUGAAUGGAGGCUUUGAGUCAGAUGACCAUCCAUCACGGCCAGGCUCGGCAAUGCGGGGUGCAGUGCCACCCUAUGAUGACUACUCAAGGCGACAGUCAUCAGGAGGCUAUGAGUAUGACUCACGGGAAGAUGCCGCCAUGUUGAACAGGACUCGGGGGUCGUUGGGUGGCUACCAGCAUAACACACCCAUAGAUGAGGAAGACUACGAGUAUCCGAGGCAAGAUGCAUAUGGUGAUGACUUCAUAGGAAUGGGCACAGGUCACAGCAUUGGCAAUGGGGUUGCAGCACCAGCUGCACAGGGGAGACUACCCCCAUUACAGACACAAGGAAAGGGGAAGAAAAAGAAGAAACUGUUGAAAAAGUUAGCAAAAAAGGAGGAUGGUUAUGAUGAUUUGUUGUAGUAUUUUAUAAAAUUAAGUAAUGUAUUCUGUAAUGUUUUUAAUGGAAUACUUUAUAUAAAAAACGCAAGUGUCUGUCUUUUAAAAUCAAUCACAUAUUAGGAGCUUGUUCACAACAAUGAGUUGGAAUGUCAGAGCAUAAUUUGUUCUGUUUGAUAUACUACUCAAAUUACAAUGAUAUUAAACUUGUACAGAAAGGUUUCAGGUUUGUUAUUGUUUUCAAUCCUGUUUAUAGUAUUCUAUGUUUGCAAACAUUGAAGGGCAUUGACACCACAUAACAUAAAGCACGCACAAGAAGUAUUAUACCUUUACUACUUUUUAGUCCCUUCACAAAUAUCCGUAGUGGGCAAAUCAGUGUUGUGAUUUCUCUAACUCAAUCAUCUUAUGGUUGAUAUGUUAAUUAUCUAUAACUUUGCAUAAUGACCUGAGGGGCAUGAUUUUUACUUGUUACAAUUUAGGUUCAGAAUGGCCAGUGAAUUCCUGGCUCAGAAUCAACUGCAAGAACAUCAUCAUAAUCAGUUUUGUCAACGGCCACCAUUGUGAUUAUAUGGAUAUCUUAUAGCCCUUGUGAUUUAUGAUACUUACAGAAAAAGUCAAAUUCAAGGUCUUACUUGGGUCAAAUAAACUUGUUGACAUGAACUCAAAAAGCACCUACUUGGUAGGUACUUGGUACACAAACUACGGGUCAGCCUCCCAUCUCUGGGAAGUCCUUUAUCAUAGGAGAAAUGCUUUUGAUGUACUUUAUUAUAUUUGUGAUAAAAGUCAUCAUGUUGUAGACAUGUCAUGGGUACAAGAGAUACCCUGGUCAGUUGGAAGUCAUGUUGGUAGUAACAAGACUAUGUUUCUAUAUGUUGGUGACUCCUAACUGUGGCCUACUCGAGAAUAGGCCGCGGUUUGAGCUUCAGCAGUUGCUGCUUCAUUAAUAAAAACAUUUUUCCCAGUUUUUAUCUGUUGACCUGUUGAACAUCUCUGAAAUGCUUAGCAUCUUGAAUUAACAUUUCAUGUUUACAAAGACAUAUUACAUUGAGUAUAUGUUGAGUAGCUCAGUGUAAUCCAGCUCAGGAAGUGUGCGUCUGUGAUACAGCAUGUUGUGAUACCAUGUUCUGUGUUCAAGAUGCCUGAUACUUGUUGUGAGGAGAUGAACACCUCUCUUCUGUUAUUUUGUGUUUGCAUAUAAGUCAUUGUUAGUGGUAGUGAGUUAAGCUGUUUGUUGAUCUUCAUUCUAUUAUUGUCUUGUUUUCUGCUUUUAUUAUGGUAUAUUGUAGAUCACACAUUUCCAAUAAAAUAUUUUUACUGCAGAAAAUGUGUACAUAUUGUUCGUUCUCCAGGUGAUGUUGAUCAGGUCAACACACAUCUAGUCCUGUUAGUAUCAGCCUUAAAGUACAUCCAAGUAUGCAGUU